CCAUCCUUCAGAGAUAAGUUUAACAAAUAGAAUUAAAUACAAUAUUUAUCAUGUUUGUAUUGAACGACUGGUGGAAACGAUUACCUAAGGAGUACCGCCAUUGCGCCAAGUGAUGACGUAAGCGUCUAAGAAACAACAAGGCCAAUUCGAUCUAUUUAGUUUUUGAAAGUUUUCCCACGUGCAAAAAAAACAAAAGCACGCGCACUGUAUAUUUCUAAGGAUAAUUGAAGUAAAUACUAUUUUUCGAAAUUAUUAUUUUUAAAUAAAUAUAUUAGGUCUAUUUCUCUGAAUUGUUAUUCAAUUAAGUUUUUCGCGGUGCCAAUUCCAUCUCGAGGGAGCUGGUUGAAGGGAUGGUGGCAUUUGAGCUCGCUCGAGCACAACGUGCCCAUAGUCUUUUUUCUCUCUUCCAUUUGGGCCUAUUGGUUAGUGCCUUGGCACUCAUUCAUAGUGGAGGGCGGUUGAAAUGCAUGCAGCCAGGUAGAGGGGUGUUUGGGUAGAACAUAAAAUGUGUAUUUUGUCAUAAAGAGAUAGCAAUUAUAUCUGCUUUAUUUGCUUAGCAGGGAUGGGCACUGGCCCCCUCUAACCUACACUGACCUCCUUGUAGCUUAGUCUGUGUUGCCUGCAUGAUGUGGCAUGAUGUGGCAUGACUGCAAAGUGGAUGUGCACGAGGACAGUCCCCUCCCAUAGCCUCCCGUGGUAUCUCACUUCAAGUGGACCCUGUCGUUUUCAUUACUAUUUUAAAUCGGUUUUAACUGGGGUUAAUAGUUGGCCUAUUCUAAGGGACACUGCAUUGAGAUACCACAUAGGGCCCGCAGAGCAUUCUAAACGCUACCGCUGGGUUAGCCCCCGCAGUGGAUGCUUAGUCCCUCUCUAGGCAGGGUUGGCAUGGUGAUUUGCCGUUUACCUACGUUCUCUCCUUUCGACAGUGGCGGUCGACAGUCCUAUGUUGCGCGUGGACUGGAGCGAAGCAAACUCUGUGUCUGACCUGGCGCUCUUGGGGAACACGCGGACCUGCUUGGCUCGCAGACACAUUCGCCACGCGCCCCUAGACACACUGGACCACUACGAGGUAAAUGUUGAAGACACCGUUGAAAUGUUACCAAAAUCGAGAAGAGCACUUACCAUUCAAGAGAUUGCGGCGUUAGCCAGAUCUUCAUUACAUGGCAUCUCCCAGGCGAUGAAGGACCAUGUGACACGGCCCACAGGCAUGGCCCAGGGCAGGGUGGCCCACCUGAUAGAGUGGAAGGGCUGGUGUAAGCCCACUGACACCCCCGCAGCUCUGGAGUCUGACUUCAACAACUACUCUGACCUCACUGAGGGAGAACAGGAGGCCCGCUUCGCUGCAGGUGUGGCGGAGCAGUUUGCCAUAGCGGAGGCUAAGCUGAGAGCCUGGUCGUCUGUGGAUGGAGAUGACUCUAAUGACGACUCGUAUGAUGAGGACUUCAUUCCUGCCAACGAGCCCACAACACAAAGCACAGAGGUGCCUCCUUACCUGAGGGACAUUCUUCAAAGUCAGGUGUGUCAGCACCUGGGUCUGCGGGGGCCGUGCUGUGAGGGGGCAGGAGGAGGAGAGGGGGGAGAGAGGCCCUCUCCCUCCUCCACAGACACCCUUUGCUCUAGCCUCUAUAGCCUGAAUGAGCAACACCCCUUACUGCGAGAUCUCACCCAUCACUGCUGCAACAACCACGGUAACACCGCCGAGCUGGCUGCUAAGAUCCUCUCGGCCCUGCAAGGGGGGGAGGAGCUGCUGUUGGCCCGCCUCCAGAGGGUGGGGCAGGGGGUUCGAGGGGGAGGGGACUUCAACAACCUGGGGGGUGGGAGGAGCCGGACGGGGGGGGAGGAGUCACCUUGCUACUCUGUGACCUACUCCGAGACCUAUCUGUCGCCCGGGGAAGACGAAGGUACGCCCUGCAAAGACUAUGAGGGCACCGUGGGCCAGGGAGAAGGAGAGCGCGAGGUGUACCCACCUGACUAUGCCACCCACAGGAAGGAAGAAGCUCACGGAUUGGCAAGUGGGGUUCAGUGCUCCAGCCACCCACAACAAGAAAGCGAGUGA